UGCUGUUUCUCCCAUUGUUCCACGGAAGCUUCAGGCUCUAUAAAUACCGUUGCGGACUGUGUUUGGCAUCUCAGUUGUCCAGUCUCUGUCAAAAUGCUUUCCUCAGUCUGCUUCCUUCUCACUUUGGCGCUGGCUUACACCAAUGCUGGCGAAGAACAAAUCGUUGCUGGCAAACCAGCCAAGGCUUGUCAGUUCCCAUCAAUUGUCCAUCUGCUCUUUGAUACCAAUGAUGGCUCUUUUGCCUGUGGUGGCACACUUUUGAGCAACAGACAUAUCCUAACUGCUUCACAUUGCUUUGCCAAAGGAACACACACAAUUAGAGCUCGAAUUGGAGAUAUUGAUGUAGAGCACCCUUCAGUUUUGACCAUCAAUGCUGAAUCAUGGGCUAUGCAUCCUCGCUUCACCGAUACCCCCAUGCGUAACGAUGUCGCUAUAAUCCGUCUGGAAAGUCCUGUCACCUUCUCUAACUGUAUAAAAUCAUCACCUUUACCACCCUCUAAUAAGGUUUAUGAUGGUAAGAAGUGCAUUGCUGCCGGAUGGGGCGCUCUUGGAGAAGGAAAACAUGGACCAGCCACUCUUCAUCAUGUUGCUAUGCCUGUCAUCAAUCAUGAGCAGUGUAAAAAGACGAUGUCCUAUGCUGAUCUGCAAAAACAACAUCUCUGUGCAGGAGAUUUCAAAGAUGGUGGACCAAGUACUUGUAUGGGAGAUUCUGGUGGCCCAUUGUACUGUCCUGAUCGUGGUACCAUGGUGGUUGCUGGUAUUACAUCCUUUGGGUACGGAUGUGAGUUUCAUGCUGCUAUCUUCACUGAUGUUUCAUACUACCGUCAAUGGAUCUUAGAUACCAUGGAAAUGCUUGAUUAAACAGAUUUGCUCUUUAAA